AUGCAGCCUUUCUUCAAAGAGUUGCACCAAUUGCUUCCCAGGAAGGUGGAUGUCCCGAACACCAUGAAAAACACUUCGGGGAAAAUGUUAGAUGCAGUUGUGGACUCUCUGUUCCAGUUUACGGAUGUACCCUCACUCCCAUCUCAGAAAAACUUUUUACCCGUUGAAGAGAUUGGAGAACAUGUUGAGGUCGCCUGCAACUUGGGAGAAAUUCCUGCUGAUUUCACUGAGGGUGUUUUCAUCAGAAAUGGCAGUAAUCCUUUGUUUGGAGGUCUAAAAGCAGCAGUUUCGAUCUUCGGAGAAUCACACAAUAUUUGGGUAGAGGGAGAAGGAAUGCUCCACGCUGUAUACUUCAAGAAGGAUGAUGACAGUGGAAGUUGGAUCAUCUCAUAUAAGAAUAGAUAUGUUGAGACUGAGACAUUUAAGAACGAAACUCAACGAAAUAAACCAGCUUUCUUACCAGCCAUAGAAGGAGACGCUUCAGCAGUUACAGCAGCAUUUAUCCUAAAUACGUUGAGAUUUGGGGAAGUCAUUAAACACAUGAGCAACACCAAUGUUUUUGAGCAUUCAGGCAGAUUUUACUCGAUUGCAGAGAACUGUCUACCUCAAGAGGUGGACAUACUGACCUUGGAAACCGGUUGUGAUUGGGAUGUCAAUGGAACUUGGGAUCGACCUUUCACAAGUCAUCCAAAGAAAGCUCCAUACUCCGGAGAGUUAGUCAUGAUGGGGACAGAUGCAUGGAAACCUUACUAUGUUUUGGGGGUCAUCUCCGCUGAUGGAAAGAAAGUGCACAAGGUUGAUCUCAAAUUCAAAAGAAGUUCGUUCAGUCAUGAUAUAGGAGUCACGGAAAAGUACAAUGUAAUCCUUGAUCUUCCCCUCACAUUGGAUGUAAAGAGGCUCACCCUGGGAGGCCAAAUAAUGAAGUAUGUAAAGGAAGAGUACGCUAGAAUUGGGGUGAUGCCUCGUUAUGGAGAUGCAGAGUCUGUCAAGUGGUUUGAGGUACAGGCCAAUAGCACACUUCACUUUCUCAAUUGCUUUGAGGAUGAUAAUCAGGUUAUAGUGAGGGGAUGUAGGGCUCUCGAAUCCGUUAUAUCAGAUCCUGACGGCAGCCUAAACCCUUACGAAUGGUUCCAUAAAGGGUUCAAGUUUUCUGGUGAUGAUCAUGAUUCUGCAGAGGUUGGAUAUCUCUUCACGCAUUUAUAUGAAUGGAGAUUGAACAUGUUAACUGGGGAAGUCGAGGAGAGAAAUUUAACUGGAAAUGAAUACUCCAUGGAUUUCCCUUUCAUCAACGAACACUUUACUGGUUUAAAACACAAGUAUGGAUAUACACAAGUCAUUGAUUCCGGGGCAAGCUCUUUAUCUGGCAUGGCUAAAUUUGGAUCUCUAGCCAAAUUAUACUUGGAGGAAUCAAAUCCUACUUAUCAGGAGGGAAGGAUAAAGGUAGAAUACCAUAAGUUUGAGGAAAACAACUUUUGCAGUGGAAGUGUUUUUGUCCCCAGAAAUGGAGGCAUCAAGGAAGAUGAUGGCUGGAUUAUCAGUUUUGUCCACAAUGAAGAAACUGAUGAGACCCAAGUUCAUAUCAUUGAUGCACAGAAUUUUGAGGGUGAAGCGAUUGCAAAAAUUACAUUGCCACAACGGGUGCCCUAUGGUUUUCAUGGAAACUUUUUUCCAAUGCCAGCUCGUCGAUCUUAGACUUGUUAAUGGUGGCAUCCGAGAACCGAACUUUUGUAGUUGCUAUAGUCUCUCUGUCUCUGUAACCAUGAAUUUUCUCCGUGUCAUGCCAGAACAACUAAUAUAAAGUUUCAAUUACAACAUUU